AUGUCAGUUCAGUCUUUUACCACUAGAUUAGAUAAUAUCAAUGAAACACAAGAUUCAAUUAAUGCUUUAUCGACUUAUAUGAUUCUAAACGAUAGUUUAUUUGAUCAAUUUAUAAAUGUAUGGAAAACACAUAUACUUCGAGCAGACAGUAGUAGAAAAUUAUUGCUCCUAUAUCUUUGUAACGAUGUUGUUCAAAAAGCUAAACGUCAGAAUAAAUCGAGAUAUUUAUCAAAAUUCAGCGAUACUUUAUUGGACAUUAUCAAUCCAACUUACCAUGCGGUGGAUGUAAAUAUAAAAAAGAAAAUAUCAAGAUUAAUUUCAGUAUGGGAAGAUAGAUUUGUAUUUGAAACUGAAACAAUCAAUAACUUGAAAGACCAGAUUAAUAAACCAGCUGCUAAAGAACCAGUCAUUAGUCAACCUGAAGCACAAGUCUCGACUAUUACUCCAGAAUUAAAACAUAUAAAUGAUUUAUUUCAACAUAUAAAUCAAUUGACAGAUAUAAGUCAGGGGAAUUUAACUCAAUUGGGUAUUCAAAGUAAGACAUAUCUUAAUCUUGAAUCUGAUAAUUUACCCAAAACUCAAGUUCAUUUGAAUAAGUUAAAUGUUUUAGAAAAAUUAAGUAUGGUUUCAAUUUCUAAUGUAGAAAAAAUUAAAUCUACUAGAGAAGAUAUAAAAAAUAGUGUAGAAUCUUUGUUAAAUGUAAUAAAUGAUGGAAUUAAAACAGAUAAUACUAAAAUAGCUGUUAUUCGUGAUAAAAUAAAUAAAAUAAAAGAAGUUAGAGCGGCAUUAUCUGGUGAAUUGAAAAAUUCAACAGAACAAAGUAAUAAUAAUGAUGGUAAUAAUGAUAAGGAUAGAGAAAUUGAGGAGCAAUUAGAAGAAGAAGAUGAUGAUGAGUUACCAAAAUAUGAAAAUCAAGACAGUGAAUCUGAUGAUGAAAUUCCAUCUAAAAGAAGAAAACUAUCGCCAAGUCCUUCAGCUAAAAAAGUAGCAUUUUCAGAAAAUAUUGAAAUAAAUGAAUUUGAGCAUGAGCAUGAACAUGAAAACGAAGAAGCAGAAGCAGAAGAAUUUGAGGAAAAAGAUGAUUUGAAAGAUGGUGAUGAUGAAGAGAUGAAUGACGUAAGUGAUCUGGUACAACAAGAGGAGGAAGUAUAUAGUAAAGAAGAAACUCCAUCUGUCAUGGAUUUAUUGAAAAAACUUGUAUAA